AACAUGAGUCCUAUCAAAUACAUGCUUCAACAGCCAUUGGAAUGUGUACAAGAUAGUACUAAGAGGUAUGUAAAACGAAAAGCCUCAGAAGCAGUUUGUACAGUGCUUGACCAUAUUGCACCUGGACAGUCAUCAAAACUUCUUGAUUUACUUGUGGACGACAUCUGUAAUAACAAUGCUGUUGACAAGCAAAAUGAGAGCAAAGAUGAAUUGAUGAAUUUGAUAUUGAGAUUGUAUGAUGAAGCUGACAGUAAUGCAUUAAAAAUGCAAUUACUUUCAAUAAUAUCAACCACAUCAUUAAACAGCAAAUCUCAGCUGCUAGAAUUGAUACCUGGAAUAUCAAAAUGGAAAGUUGACCAGAGUAGAGCACAUGCAACACGCUUUGGUGUUGGGACAAUACAAACUGAAAAGACCCCAAACUACAGAAAUAAGAUGGAUCAGGAAAAACUGGAGCAUGCAAUGGCAUUUUUUCUGGAUCCUAAUUUUAUACAAAUUUGUUCCUUUGGAAGUAAGGACUUACAUUUUGAUAAUGGAGAUGUCAUAAAUAUACCCCAAGUAGUACGAACAACUUGUCAUUCUGCACUGAUACAUAUGUAUAAGACAGUAUGUACAGAAGCUGAUUUUACUCCUCUGUCAGACAGUACUCUAUUCAAAAUUUUAACAACUUGUUCAGCAGCAAAACGGUCUAAUUUAUGUGGACUAGAUAAUAUUACUACUGAUGGAACUUUUGCAAUUGAAAAUCUUAUCAGAAUGACAGAAACUCUAAGAGAGUUGGGAUCCAAUAACACAGUACUUUCAUCCCUCAAAACAGCCUUGGCAAAUUUCAAGUUGUAUUUAAAAACAGAGUACAAGUUCCAUGUAACUAUGUCAAAUUCAUGUCAAACCCAUUGCAUCAAGUAUGCAUUGAGCAAUCCAGGAAAUGUUCUGCUUCAGGAAAAAUGUGACCAUCAACAUCAGAAUGACUGCUCCAAAUGUUUACUGUUAACAAAUGCAAGAUCUCAGCUUGAAGAUGAAAUUCAGAAAAUACAAUGCAAUGAAACCAGAGUUGAAUUUCAAGAUUCAGUUAUUAAAGAUUUUGAAAAAAUCUUUGAAUGGAAAGCACAUGUUUUAAGGACUAACAACCAGGAAGAAUGUCGUCUUCAUCUUCUUGAGGAUCUGGCAUCUAACCAGACAUUGAUUGUUAUGGACUGGGCCAUGAAGUUUUUGCCUGCCUUGUUUAGGGAAAAGCAAUCAGAUUUUUUCGGCCAGAAGGGCAUGAGCUGGCAUGUUACAGCUGCCAUUUUCAAAGCUGAAGAUGGAUCAUUAAAGCAUAGAACUUUCACUCAUCUGUUUGGUACAGUAAAGCAAGACUGGUUUGCGGUGGCCUCUGCUUUAGAGCAUACUUUGAACACAAUUAAAGAACAGAUGCCACAGAUCCAGGAGGUUUUUCUACGUUCAGAUAAUGCUGGUUGUUACCAUUGCGGAUGUUUGUGGUUGAGUUUAAGUGGUAUCAGUGAACGAACAGGUAUUACAGUGGUUCGUUAUGACUACAGUGAAGCCCAAGCAGGAAAAAGUAUUUGUGAUGCUAAGAUAGCACACAUGCGCUCUAAAAUGAGAAUGUAUGUAUCCUCAGGGAAAAAUAUCACUACUCCAUUUGAUAUGCAGGAUGCUAUUAUGGGAGGAACUGGAGUGGCAGGAUGUCAGUGUGCUGUUGUGGAAGUAGACACAACAAAACAAACCAUGAUUGGUCACCGCAUUAAAGGAAUUUCGAACAUCAGCAAUAUAUCUUUUGAUGGAGAUGAGAUCAUUACAUGGCAAGCAUACAAUAUUGGUAUAGGCAACAAAUUUAAGAGAGGUUCUGUCCUAAAAUCUGAACAGAAUGAAACAGGAUUGAAAAUUGUUUCCAAUUUCCAGGAGCCACAUCAAAUGACUGGAAAUAUCACAAGGAAGGAAAGGAGAAUUUCAACUAAUGAUGAUGCACUAAAUGAAGAUCAGUCAGAUGAAUUGUUCUAUUGUACAGUACUUGGUUGCACUGGUCAGUUCUCAUCCUACCAAUCUCUGCAGGAUCAUAUAAACCUAUCACGUCAUUCAAAUGAAAAGAUGUCAACAUAUGAUAAGAUUAGGCAUCGCUGGGUUGCGAACUGUCAAGCCAAUCUAUUAACAUCUAAGGAAAUGCUGAGACCAACUAACUGUUCAGGUGACCUACAAACUAAUUCAGAAGAAACUGAAACACCUACUGAGUAUGGUUGGGCUUUGAAAAAAGAGCGAAAAUUUGUGCGCUUCAGUAAAAAGGUAAAAGAGUAUUUACAAAAUAGAUUCCAAGAAGGUGAAAAAUCUGGCAGAAAGGCAAAUGCAUCAGAUAUUUCUAAAGAUAUGAAAUCAUUACGUAAAGAGAAUGGGGAAAAGUUUUUCAACAGUGAUGAUUGGUUGCAACCAUCCCAGAUUGCCUCUUAUUUUGCACGCCUGUCUAUCUUUGGAAGAAAGGAUAUUGAGAACAAUACAGAGAUUGAUGAAGAUCUGAAUUCUGUCAUUCAUGCUAUAGAAGAACAGGAUGUUAGGAACCUUAUUGCAGCAACAAUUACAGAAUAGGACAAGUGACUACAAACAAUAUUGCCUAAAGUUUGCUUUUUUAAAAUUCAAAUUACCCAAGAAGUAUAAAUUUAAACAAAGAUUAUUUUUGUAGUCUAUGCUGUUGGUUAUAAAUAUUAAGGAAAUGUUAAGAAAUUGAAAAAACAUUCUAAUGCGAAAUUCUUUGUAUUCAAUUUGUUAAAUUUUUCAAAUAUAUAUUAGUCAACAUGGUCAACGUCAAGGUAAACAUUCCAUUAUUUAUACCUAUGAUUUUUUAAGAAUGCUCAGACACUAUUUUGAUAGCCAUUUUCAAAGAUAUAUUCAUGAAAAUAGACGUUUCAUUAGGAUAGAGAUAUAAACUUAGUUGUAAAUGAGAAUUUGUUGUCAAUAUGUAGCCAAAAAAAUUUCAGAUACAUGAAGUCCACAAUAAUCCUCAAAUUUUUGUUUAACCAUAAGUUUAAUAUAUAUACAUAUAUAUAAACAAGUCUGUACUGAAAACAAUGUUUAAACCUAUAUAUGCAUGAUGAUUCAAAAUUAGUCCCAAUUUCUAAAAUUUAAAUUUUAUUGACCUACAUAUAUUAUUGAUUUGGGUAAAUUCUACACAAAAUUAUCAAACUCUUAAAUAUAUCAUAUUAAGAUCUAUUUUUCACAACCCUAUUUACUAAUUUAGGGAUUUUUUUCAAUAUCUAGUAAUUAUGAACAUUUGUGUAUUUCUAUUCCUGUUCAUUGAAGCAAUGUGUUAUUGCAAAAGAAGUAUUUGUUAUCUGAUUUGAAUGUACAUAUUAUUUGAAAGCAGUUUUUAAUAAAUUUAUAUCUUAUCAAAUGACAUAUAUUUUUGGAAAGUUCAGCAAUAUUUUUUUUACUCUGAAAAAAAACUUUAUGUGUCUUUUUAAUCGUUUGGUUAAAAAACCAUUAUGCAAGCAAAAUGUAAUUUGCAGAACAGGAUGCAACCCUCUGGCGCACUGUGAAAAGUCGUAAGGUUGUAAGUCACUGGCGAAGAUGGAAUAAGCUCGUAAACUUGGCCUGCUGCAAAUUAAAUCUGGCUUUUAAUAAUUUAUCAUUUUAAAUUGUAAUUCAUAUGCCAUUU